GUUCAUGUGUGAGUGACUGGUCUGAAGGGGACUGGAUAAGACAGUUGCUAGUUAAAUAUUUUUCAGGAAACGAUCUCUUCCAGGUCCAGGACCAGGUCCACUUAAAUUGCACGAUUCGUCCGUACUUCACGUCGCCUUAGGUUUCCUCCACUAAGUGACUCAGCAGAAACUGUGACGGCUGUAUCCCCGUGAUAUCGGCCGGUACCAUGGCUAUGUUCACCACGGGCAUCCUUGUGCUGACGUCUCCUCUCAACACCCUCCCCUUGCGCAUCGCUCCUGUUCUCAGCUCAGCCGCUCAGCUUGUGGAGCGCACACUGUACGUCCACCUCCACCCAGGGCUGAUACUCGGGGGUGGGAACCAGCCUCGACCCGUGUUCAUUCCACCGGUAGUGGACCUGUCAACAAUCAUUAGCCGCCUUUACAGCAACGCAGCUGAUGUGUGCGGGCACCUGGAUGUUCGUGUUUUGCUCACUAAUGUUCGCGCUCAGUCAGCUACAAGCAGCGGGACCACCAUCCCAAACGGUCCCUUCCCCAGACCGCAGUCUCUGUCUCACUCCCCGGAUGUGGUUCUUACAGACUUUCCUCUGCAGAACCCGGGUCAGUCCAAUCAGGUCAUGCAAUGUCUGCAGAGUUAUACAGGCCAUUGCUACGUCUGUAGCCCCGGCCUGCCCUCAGUGCUGCUUCACCCACAGCUAAUGAUGCUGCAGGAGACAGAGGAUGCACUGAAAGAGCCUGAAGGAGAGGCAGAACCCUUGGAGACCUACAGUGACGUGGUGGUAGGGGGGACUUUUGACCGUCUCCAUGGGGCCCACAAGACGCUGCUCAACAUCUCAUGCCUGCUAGCCAAUAGGAGAUUCCUUAUCGGUGUGUGUGACAAAGCAAUGCUGAAAAAAAAAGUACUUAAAGAGCUGGUGGAGCCCUACUCUGUGCGGGUUCAGAGACUACAGGAGUUCCUUCAAGAAAUCAAACCCUCGCUGCAGGUGGAGAUCGUGCCCCUUGAUGACCCCUAUGGAGUGUCUGUGGUUGACCCCUUGCUGCAGUGCAUUGUGGUUAGUGAGGAGACUAGGAAGGGAGGCGAGGCUGUCAACAGAAAACGCAUUGAGAACGGCCUGCCAGCUCUCAUUCUCCAUGAGAUCCAGUUGCUCAAAGAUGCCCACCACACCGAGACAGAGGAGGAGAAGAUCAGCUCCUCCAGUCUACGCUCUCGUUUGCUGGGAACCCUCCUUACCCCACCUAAAGACACAUCCCAUCUCGCUCAACUUCCAUAUGUGAUAGGCCUGACAGGAGGCAGCGGCAGUGGGAAGAGCUCCAUCGCCCGGCGGCUGGAGGCUUUGGGUGCCGUCCGGGUUGACUGUGACAAGCUGGGCCACGAGGUGUACCAGCCCGACACCACGGCACAUCACAGAGUGCUCAAAGAAUUUGGGUCAGAUCUUCUGAAUGACGACAAGACCAUCAACAGACGCGCAUUAGGAAGGAAGGUUUUUGGAAACAAGGAGCGGUUAAAAGCCCUCACUGACAUUGUAUGGCCUGAGAUUGCACUUUUGGUGAAGAACAUAAUCAGCCAAGCCAGAGAGGAAGGUAAACAGGUGUGUGUGUUGGAUGCAGCAGUUCUUCUGGAGGCCGGCUGGACAGACAUGACUCACGAGGUCUGGGUCACCAUCAUCCCAGAGGAGGAGGCUGUGAUAAGGAUAACAGAGCGUGACGGGGUGACCACAGAGGAUGCUCUCCGCCGGCUGCAGAGCCAGUGGUCCAACAGUCAGCGAGUAGAGCGGGCCAACGUGGUGCUCAGCACACUGUGGGAACCAGAGGUCACUCAGAAACAGGUACUGAAAGCUUGGGAGCUUCUUCAGGAGAGAAUCAAACAGAGGACAAAGGGAGAUGUAUCAUUUUAGCUGUGUAGAUGUUAUUACAGAACAAGAUGCCUUAGGAAGAAGUGAGAAUGGUUCCUGUGCCAUUUCAGCAAAUCCAACACGAUUUCUUACUUCUGACCAAGACUCAGUGCCUAAUUGAGUUCCCACAGGUUUUUAAUAGUUUUUUUAUUUCAAGAUGCACUGAAAGAGGGAUGCAUAAGGAAAAACAAUAUUAAUAACUCCAAACAAUAGUACUUUGAAGGCUGGAAUUCAUGUUUGGGAUUAUUCUUCAAAUAUUGUUUUAAAUAGUUCCCGUUUAAAUGAUUUGCCCAACAUUCGGCAAACAAGAACCUUCUCAUUUCUCAGCAAAGUCUAUUUUUAGCACCUGUUCCGUUGACACUAUGACACAAGUUAUUUCCAUGUUUUCAAAGCACAAUUAAUGAAUGUAGCUUAGAAAGGCAACUGAUGGUAAAGGGUUUAUCCGUGCAGUUUCAGGGAUUGGUAGAAUAUUUUUAACAAAUGUACAAAAAAGAAUUGAAAUAUAUUUGAGAAUUCUGUGCAAUAGGUUAGGAUAUUUUUUUUAAAUAUCAGUGUAGAUGCGUUUAAUACACUAUCCCCCUAACAUGAUGAAAAUAAUCAAUGACACUGUACAUUGACACAUUAAAGACAAUAUGAUUUAAAUCCAGCUGAUGUGAACAUUAUCUAUACAUCUUUGAAAGGUUUAUUUAAAAAGGAAAAAUUGAAUGGAAAUCCAAGAAUGAACUCACCUGAACAUUCAAUUAUUAAAUUCUCUGAACAUACCUGAAUUAAAGCCAAAGAUACAUCAAAGUGGAAACAAAAUAAAAAACCGAUGAGUUUAUCUUGUGGUAAAAUGUAUGUUGUCAGAUCCUAAAAUGAUAAAUCUAUGUUUACAUAAUAGACUGCUUCAUUGCCAAAGCUUGGUUUUGUCCCAUGAAGUCAUUGAAGUAACAUUUGGUGGUACAGUUGGUUUGAAAUUGUAAGCCUCUUUCAUUUCAUGUCAUCUUGAAAAUCAGUGAAAAAUAUUAAUAAAUUGGUGUAAUAUUAA